AUGAUUGCAAAUAUCAUUGGUAUUAUUCUCCUGACUCCCGCCGUACUAGGGCAGAUGGGCGUCAAGCCAGACGUGAGCUUUACCGAAAACAAUGACAGGUUUGACUUGACAGGGAUGAUGCAGGCACCUGCCUUCCGAGAUGUUCCUCUAGUUGACGACAAUGACAAUGACGCACCAUCCGAUGAUGACUAUAGAAGAAAACUCAAUAUUGAUGAACCUGAGGAUAUUGAUGUACUCAAGCAAAAAAGUCCAAAAGCAAAUAUAGAAAAACCUUACUUAACGCGCAAAUCUGAUGGAGGUUUUGCGUACGAUGAUAAAAUGGAAAGCAAGGAAGGUGGAACGAUGUCGGAUUUUAUGGAAGGUUUAAAAGCGUUUGAUCGCGUAGACCCGCCUAGCCGAAAGCGGUUCAGAAGGAAUGCUGACCAAGUUGUAUUGUCACAGUACGCUUUCCCAAUAGUUAUGAGUGUCGAUGGGUACCUAAAGCCUCCUCCAAUAAAAACAAGCCUGAAAUCUUCUUACUUUUUCAUGAUCAUGAAAUAUAAUAUGGUGCCGAGUCUUUACUCGGCACCAUAUUAUAUUUGCUACAGCCAGGGUUGCGGACGCAAGCCCCUGCCUGGAGUAAGGGAAUGCACAGGUCACUUUUAG